AGAAAAAAUAAAUAACAAACCCCCGAUUUUGUUGAUUACAGUAUUUUGGCGGAGAACAGCCUGAAGAAUCGUUUAUUUUUCCGUCCUCUUGUUUGCACUGUGCGUGAGAGAGACCGAGUGAUCCGCAAUUUCCGAAACUGCCGAGAUUUCUCAAUCGUAGAUUACUCACUAUGGAGUCCUGCCCUUCCAUUAAGAACAUUCUUCUUCUAGAUUCAGAAGGGAGACGUAUUGCUGUCAAGUACUAUUCGGAUGACUGGCCAACCAAUAAUGCAAAGGAAGCUUUUGAGAAGGCCGUAUUUAACAAGACUCAGAAGACAAAUGCCCGGACAGAAGUGGAGAUAGCUAUGUUUGAGAACAACGUCAUGGUUUACAAGUUUGUUCAAGACCUUUACUUUUAUGUUACUGGGGGUGAAGAUGAAAAUGAGAUCAUCUUAGCUGCUGUUCUUCAGGGAUUCUUUGAUGCUGUUGGAAUCCUACUUAGGGGCAAUGUGGAUAAGAGGGAGGCACUUGAAAAUCUGGAUCUCAUUCUUUUGUGCAUUGAUGAAAUUGUCGACGGCGGAAUUAUUCUGGAAACUGAUGCAAAUAGCAUUGCAACUAAAGUUGCAAGCAACAUUGUGGAUGCUGGAGCACCUCUGUCUGAGCAGACUAUAAGUCAAGCGCUGGCUACUGCACGUGAACACCUCGCCAGAUCUCUUCUUAAAUGAUUUAUACAAUCGAGCAACAGAAAAAAAUUGGAGACUAGGAUAACAGCAUCUUAUUGUUAUUUUUCCUUUCUUUUUUUCCCCCUGGAUAUCAAAAUUGAUGAGAUUGAGUACAGCUUGAUUUAGCAGCACACGUUAUGGUUGUGAAGUCAACAUUUUGAAAACGUAGUUGCAACUGCAUUUA